CGUGAGAACGGAAUCGCGGGUUUGCCUAGAAAUGCUUGCGAGCAGACCGACAGAAAGAUCGAAUCUCAUAGAUGUAACAUAUGCACAGCUGCAUUCGACAUUAUCUGGGCAUAUUGAAGGGAGCACUCCGCAACAGCUUGAAGACCUCAUUACUCCUCGAAUUCCUCAGCUAAAAUCAGCCUUCAAUCCAUUCGGAAGGCCUUCAGAUGAAUCCCGGAGGAGGGUUGAGAGCGGGAGUGUCACUCUCGGUGAUGGGGUGGUUGUACGCGUUGAGAGGCCCGACAAAGAGUUCAUCUUCGCCAUAAGUUCAGCUUUCCAAAUCGACGAAAUUCAAGCUGUGAUAAUCUUCAGAUCAUUCCUGUAUAAUCAAGGACUGCCCAAAAGAGGAGGGAACGAGGAGAACGCGUCUCUUGUUGAGGAGUUCUUGGAAGCCAUAACGCCUUUCUAUUAUUCCGAACGACUUGCCAUCCUACGCGUUUUCAUCCCGUUAUUCAGGGCAAAGGAAAACCCCUCUGAUCCUGUUCAUGAGGCUUCUCUCUCUAUUUUGCCGCGUAUCGUUUCGGAUGGCCACACCUUUACGGACACGCUGCUAAAGGAAUAUGAUGUCAAAUCCAAACAAAAACUGCCCACCACCGUCGCAAAUGAUCCUAGGAUGGCCUCGCGUUGGGCCAAACAGAAUGCAAAGGAACAGUUGGUGAUGUUGGAGGUUCUAUUCUGGACUUUGUGGGGCUCCGUAGCUUGCGAUGGUGCUACUGUUGAAAAAAUCUUCGAAUCUGCGUAUGCCUCGAAUUUGGGAUCAGAGCAGGAGAAUGCAACUCUCCUUCUCGAUGAUGAAGGCGUUAGAUUGAAUGAAGAUAGAGGGUCUCUUUGGAUAAUUAUCACUAUCGAGGUUUUAGAGUUGGAAACCGUUGCCGAACCGACGAUGCUGGAAAUAUCGGAUGCCCCCGCGAACAAGGAUUUCUAUACAUCAUCUCCAAAAUCACUGCAACGAAUACACGACCUUGUUUCCUCCCGAGAGCAGCCCCAAUUUGCUUGCACAUACCUCGCAUGGGCCUUUGUUGUUUCGCGAAUUUCAUCGGCCGCCCUGCAGCUCGGAAAGAUGCCUGACUCGUAUCGCCCUCUUUUGGAGUCCUUCUUGCCACAGCUUGGCGCUUACUCCAAAGACCGAGAGCCUAUUCACGUCUUGAUGUCGCGAAAAUGUUUGGAUCCCAAAGCUGGUCUCUUCCCACUCAUGUCGACGCUGUUGACGGCAUCACCCCUAUUCGUAACUUCUGUUGCAUGGAGGACAGGGACCACUAUAACCGACCCCAAUGCUAUUGCCUUUCGUUCUGUCUUCAAAGGUCUCCUCGUUGCCCUUGUAGAGCUUGUUGCGGUGGAACUUAUUCCCGAUCUCGACUUGUUUGUCGACGUGUGGAUUGCACUCUUUGGAAGAAGCGAAAGCCCCUCUGUUGCCGGCAUUUGUAGCCAAUAUUGGCAGGCGGACUGGCCAUUAGGAAUAGCUCGGCGGGCAAUAUUUGACGUGGCACGAUCCCGGUUUCCUGUACAUUGUCGGCCGUUAAUGUGCCUUUUGCGAUCCAUGACUGCUUCAGGAUUUUCAGACACUGAUCCACUGGCAGUGUCAGAUCAUUCCCAGGCAGCCGAAGGAUUGACUCCUGAACGAGAACUCUGCGCGCGUCAUGUAUUUUACUUCCUCGACAAUCUCCCAAGCUAUUCUCAAGUGAUUCAUGCGAACGCAUGUACCGGAGCGAAUGCCUUGUUCGAGAAACAGAUUGAGCAAUACAGCUCUACCUCUUCUUCCGCCUUAAUAUACACUAAUGUGUAUCCGACAGUACUUCCUGGUGGCAGUACAUUACCAGCACGUUCUAAGGGUCGGUUAAUCAGUGGAGAAUCUGGCGACAGCUUGGUCGUCUCAUGGGCCCACGAUCACUCCGGUUGGAAGAUCCUGUUCGAAAUUCUGACUUGCUAUGUUUCCCAGCAUCGUUCAGGCAACAUUCGAGGGUCGAACAGAAGCUCAUACCCACGCCCCCGUGAUGGAACAGAGAUACGCUUCUCCAUGAAAGACAUAGGGCUCGAAAUGAACGGGAUAAUCACUGAAGCACUUGUCAUAGACAUACUGGACCUCAUCCAGAGCCUUAUUCAGGACAAUUCCACGCUUGGGGAGCAGCUCAUGAAGGCCUUUGAACCCGAUCUCAACAAUUCCUCUGCGCCCGAUUUGGUUCAGCUUACGACCAUGAUAUUAGAGGAAGCUCUUUCCCGUUUGAGCUCCCAGCCCAACGCCACUCUUCCUCAUAAGCUCAUCACUUCUGCAUUGAGUGUUUUGUCGGCCGUAUUAGAAAUACCAGGCUAUUCCCCUCGUGUUUGGAUUUAUAUUCGGUCCGCGUCUAGUUUGUUUGGCUCUGAAAAGAGUCCAGGGUCCACAUCUGCAACGCUUGCCUCCGAACGGGUGACAGGGACCUAUACCAUGACUCUGGCGCUGCUCGAUCUCGUUCGGAAGCUUUGUAAUGAAGCAUCGGUUCACAUUGUUCCAGACGAUCCCCAGCUUCGCAAACUCAAAGAUGAGGUAUUACUGCGGGCAGUCAAGUUUGUGCAUACGGAGAUCUGGGUUGAGCACCUAGGAUGGAAAUACAGUCGAAUCAGUGACCGUUUUGAGCUGGGGCGGCGAAUUUCAUCGCUGUAUCUAAAGGUCUUACGGUUUACUCCACAAGCCGUUGAAGACAGUCCAUUUACUCGGCUUAGUAAAGCCAUUUUGAACCUCCUACUAUACAAGGCUUCGACCUCUGCCGUAGGUCCCUUAAUUUCGGGUAUUGCAUCUGGAACCCAUAUGCUGGGUAUCAUGUAUGGUUCAAGACGGUUCGGCGAUGCCAGAGGACUUGUGCUUCUUUUAGAAUCACACCUACGGCUCAUUCAUCUCAUUCUCCGCCGAAAAUGCAACUCUGAGGUUGCCGCCCACCCAUGCCUCCUCGAACAGGCUCUUUGCGGACAGGUCACUGGUGGCGGGUCCUCUCAUGACCCUUAUCGGACAAAAGUAAACCCUACAGAUGCACUGUGCUCCUACGUGAAACAAAGGGACGCUGGCCAUGUGGUGCCACUGGAGGCCACCAGCGUUUUGACUGCUUUAUGCGUAUCGCUUUCCAUGUCGCGUUCAUUUCCAUCAAGUAUUGCUGGGCACAUGUCCGACGCUGAGGGCGCCGUUAAUUCUUUCGUACGGAUCGUACAGCACCCAUACGAUGAACCUGAGCUUCGCUAUGCGGUUUGGAACUUCAUGUCCGUUGCAAUGGACAAAGAACCUGCGCUCGGCGGACUACUCAUUGCAGGACAAUUUUACUCCUUCCCUGACUCAAAAGGCAAGAGCAAAACUAUAGAGCAACCAGCCUCCAGCGGUAGUCCCGCAAAGGCCAUCGAUGUGGCUCAUGAAACACUUGCCAAUUGGAGACAGUUAUGGGAAACAAAUCCUCAGCUUUUAGCAGCUGUUCUGAAAUUCCUUUUCGUCGUGUGGCAGCAUGGCCUCGAGCAUAAGACUACCCUGGAGAAGAUCCGUAAAGACUCCGAGUUUUGGAAACAGAUUUCAUCAAUAAGCGCUUCGGAGCUGGGUCCAAUUCCGGAUUUCGAGACGGAAACUUACAUCCAAAUGGAUGGCGGGAGGAGAUCAAAUGCCCACGGUGCAGUGGCGGAGCACUGUUAUCGUACGAGUGCGAAAGCAUUCGCCCUGCACAUCAUUGGGCUCGACAUUGGUAUACACCUUCAGUCGCUACCGAAGGACCAGCCUCCCACAAAACCACACAGUUUUCAGGCUGUAGAGUCCCGUUUCAGGUCACAGGAUGAACUGACCGAUCUCUUAUCAGAGGCCACACCAACCUCUUACGUCCCAGGACUUUAUGACGACCUAUCAGAAUUAAUAACUUCUAAGUUCCCGGGUCUCGGAAUCGCCCAACUUGAAUCUCAGCUGCCAAAAGGCGAGCGUGAGUUCGGAGAUGAUUUUUCAUACUCCGCUUCGUUAUUGUGUAGUCGCUUGCAGUCGUAUCGAAGCAAUCAAGAUGUCGUGGGUUUUGUCGAAUCGGCGGAAAGACAGAUUUCCACCAUCAACUUGAAUCUGUCGCUCACCCAUUCUCAGUCCAGUUUGGUUGAGGCAUGGCAGUUCUUAUUGCACCAGGUCAUACCCUACCAAGCCGGCGAUAACUCUCAGAGACGCAUUCUUCUGUCAAUAGCCUCCUCAAUCUCAUUCGAUAUCGUUAGGGAGAAUCGAUUGGGAGACAUGGCGGCAUCAGUACACGAGACGAGACUGUCUCUUCUCCGAUCUGUCCUCGAAUUGGCAUGGUUUUUCGACUCAGAACAGGCAGCAGAAGUUCGCACUUUCAUUGAGCUAGUUGACAAUGUUCGUAACAUCGUGCUCAACGAAUAUCAACCGCCCUCUAAAUCUAUCCAAGGAAUCUGCCCGAUACCAUUUCAUCGUCCACUACUCCAGAUUCUUUACUUUUGUGUCAAAGGAGCAAGGAAAUUGGUUCGUCGCCAAAAGACGAUGGAUGGGGAACAACGACAGAAGGUUUCCCUAUUGACAGAAGCUACCCUCAAUCUCGUCAUCGACGGUCUACGGGUAUCGUUCAUAUCCGCUGCUACCAAGAUGGACGACGCGCUUGAUCAAGAUAUGGAAAUGCUGGUCGCCGUGUUUGAGCAAUCUACUCGAUCUGAUAUUUCACUGUCCCCCAGUCUCUGGCUAUCACGAUGCCAAGAGACCGAUGUUAUCAAAGCGAGUCUGGGAUUGUACACACGCAUCGACCUCGUCGGGUUGCAUAACCCUCAAUCCCUCAGCUUCCAUAAAAGACCACUCUACAGCUGCCAUAUAUUAUCGUUCCACAUGGCUCUGGCAAGCAUCCCGGCGGCGGCGGAACGCUUUGCAAACGAGGGACUCCUUUCAGCAUAUAGCAACAAUUUUUUGAGCACUGCAAUUAGUACAGGGAUGAUUGACGUGGUUUUGCCGGAACUUCCAGGGCAGAGAAGUCCGGCUCACCAAGCGUAUUGCUCAAUGUUGGGGGUCGUGUCUGGAGUGUCUUUGUCGAUGGGGAAACAUAACCAUUACUUCGAUCAGGAGUCGUGUGGCCUUGUCCAACUAUUUGGAGAUCAGAUUUGCAGGGCCCUAUCAUGGAACACCGGAGAGCCAAUUACCUUCCCUCUACUAGAAGAGAUCGAGCAGACAGUUCUCCUCUUUCAUGCUAUCGCUCGGAACACUCCAAGUGUGAAGACUCAUCCAGAGGUCGAAAACAUCAUGAGAGUGUUCAGCCCUCUCGCCCUCCGUCAACUCCAACAAAUCAACUAUGCGAUCUCACAUCCGAAUCAUCUGGCCAGUCUGUUUGAGCCAAUCACCACAGAGGAACGUCUGUUGCAAGAGCAGCCAUCACCCUCUGAAGAUCCUCUCAAACGACCGCUGAUUGUCCAACUUAUGCACUGGUUCUUCAAGUUGUCCUACAACAUUGUUUCAACUUUGGCAUGUAUAAGCAAGGUGGAUGCAAUUCUCAUUGGCGAUCAAGAAAAUUGGCCGUUGAAGGAGGCGUUGGUGAUUCCUCACUCGAAAGUGGUAUUGGGUGAAACCGCUUCGAUAGGAACUCUUCUUGAGCUCGGAAAUGCUUCAUUGGACAUGUUGCGUAACCUCUCGAACCUAUCAGCAGGGCAGAGCAUCAUAUCAGUAAACAAGGCGGGUAUCCAGCUCAAUGUCAAGCAAGGCGUAACGGUCACUCGGAGAAAUCUCGAGGUCGUUUUGACCUACACCGUUACCCAGCUCGCGAUGUGGUUGUCAAAACCAGACGUGGAUGUCACUGCGUCGGACAUGGACACCGACGAGCCAAUUCUAGAUUUACAAAAAGCAGAGGUACCGAAGGACCGUCGCGGACCUCGUACAUCACUUUCCCUGGGAGACAGAAUCCGGAGAGGGAUGACGGGUGAGAUGGCUGCAGAUGUUCAGAGUUUGUUGAACAAAGCCAAACCGGUCGUCGUCAAAAGUGAUACAAUCCUCGGAAGUGGAUGGGUUGACAUUACAUCGAUAUUAUUGACGUUCCUUCAAGAACGGGUUAUCAUUCCAACUUCGUAAUAUCCGCCCCUAUGGUUCUCAUUCCAGGUUUCUGAUUCUCGCUGUUAUGUUACUUUACCAUGUACAUGUUUGUCAAUCGUACUGUUUUCAUAGCCACAAGGCGCAGCGAGACAAGUAUCACAGGCUUAAUCACGACAGAGAAACGUAGACUAAUACUAGCACGGGUCACGAUAGUUAAAUCAACGAAUGGUCUGAAAUCGGGUCACACCGC